CAAAGGUUUGUUCGCGCCUGGAAACCACACGGUCUCGUGCAGCUUGAGUGGGGGGCAGCCGGACAAGUUCAGCGCGAAUAUCGAUUCAGUCUCGCACAAACCACCCCCAUGUACCGUGCCCGUUGCAGCAACUCCACCUUCUAACUUUGUUUUCUGCUCGGUGUCAUGACUGACACAUAAACAGAGCGAGAAAGAAAGAAAAGACUGUGUGCAUAGUGUAUACAUCGUGCUCAUCUAUGAACGGCGAACGGAUACAGUGACACGACGUUCGAUCGUUUCGGCAACUGUCGAAGCGAUGCAUUAAACGCAAAGAAAUCAAAUUGUCGUCGAUUGAAACGUUUCUGCCGAUGAUGCUUAUCGAUUCGACAGCCAGUCUUGAAAAGGCAUUCCGUCGUUUGCACAGUUUUUUGUGAGGUGAUCAAGUUCAUUACAUAAACUCGAGGUGUGACCAGCGGGCGUGAUAUUUUGUUCGCUGUGUACGAAGGAUAUUAGUUGUCGAACGGAAUUGUAUUUGUACUAUAUCGUAACUUCGUAUCUUCGUCAUUGCUCCUUUGUUCUCUUUCUUUUCUUUUCUUUUCUUUUUUUUCUUCGUCCACUUCUGUGUCUCUGACAUUAUAGAUCUUUCGUCGAACGAUUCACGCGACUGUCACGAGCUGUCGAUUAAAAUAGAUCCUUCCAGCAAAACGUUCCAUCAUCGAUUUGCCGUGUGCGACGAGCUCUCUCGAAGGGUUGCGUUUCGUUUUUUUCGGUCACGCUCGUUGAUACGCCCGAUAAAUUUAGCAAGCUGUUUGAAAGUUACAAUCGAAUGACUUUCAUGGGAUUAACGGUUGACUUUACGUGCUGGGAGAUCUCGUGAUCUCGAAGGAAAAAAAGAAAAAGAAAAAGAAAAAGAAAAACGAAACGCAGCAAAAGAACAGAAGGGUGGCAAAAAUACCGUGCAAAACUAGAAGUUUGAGUCUUGUUCUUGUGGUUAUCGAAUAUGAAACGUUCCAACCACGGCCACACGCAUCCCUAUUUGUCUUGACUACGAGUCGUGGCUGAGCAAAGGGAGUGCGCCUCCGCUUCUUGAGAGAUGUCUUCGAUAUCAGCGCAGGGGGUCGUCGAAAGAGCCAGCGCCGAAUUGACCAAGAGAAUCAACGGUCUGGGGCUGAGAGCAUCUAAACAUCAUGGUGGGGGAAAGGCGAGCGUCAUGGAACGCGUUACGCACGUGUUCUGCGGGAGCGGUGGAGUUCCGUAUACGAAUUUGCAGAGCGCGAAUAAUGCGAACGCAACCCCGGAAAAGCCGAGCAGAAGCGUGCCAGCAUCGAUGAACAACAUGCCAUCGGCGAACAACAAGACCCUGAGCAACGUCGGUACACCGAGCAGGGCAAGGAUAUCGAGAAAUCGAGCAAAGAACGUGCCGUUGGCGAGCGGUGGAACAGGCGGAUACGUUGCGCCUACCACGUGGAAUCAGCUGAUGCAAGACGAUCAUUUCCUCAGCAAAUUCUUCCUCUACUUCACCGCUAUCGAGAGGAGGAUUUUGGCUCAGGUAUGCUUGAGAUGGAGAGAUAUACUUUACGCACGACCUCGACUCUGGGCAGGCUUGGUGCCUGUGGUAAGGUGUCGCGAGGUGCGUGCUAUGCCUCCUAGUUCGCGCACACGGCUUUACGCCUCCUUAGUAAGGAGAGGCUUUCAUUCGUUGGUUCUUCUCGGCGCAUCAGACGAGGAUAUCCCGGAAUUGACGCAUGGAUUCCCGUUAGCGCAGAGAAAUAUUCACUCGCUGUCGCUUAGAUGUUGUGCGAUUACUGACAGGGGAUUAGAAGCUCUUUUAGAUCAUUUACAAGCGUUGUUCGAACUUGAAUUAGCGGGUUGCAAUGAGAUAACGGAAGCCGGAUUGUGGACUUGUUUGACACCUAGAAUAGUAUCAUUAUCCUUGUCUGAUUGUAUCAACGUGGCCGAUGAAGCUGUCGGUGCUGUCGCUCAAUUGCUGCCAAGUCUCUACGAGUUCUCGUUACAAGCUUACCAUGUAACCGACGCCGCCCUUGGAUAUUUCCACGCCACUCAAAGUAGCUCCCUUAGCAUCCUCAGGCUGCAAUCCUGCUGGGAACUUACUAAUCAUGGUGUAGUCAAUAUUGUACAUUCCCUGCCCAAUUUGACUGUCUUGUCGCUGUCCGGAUGCAGUAAAGUAACAGACGAUGGCGUUGAAUUAAUAGCAGAAAAUUUGUCCAGACUUCGAUCGUUAGAUCUAAGCUGGUGCUCGAGAAUCACCGAUGCGGCCCUAGAAUAUAUUGCCUGUGAUCUGAAUCACUUAGAGGAGCUUACAUUGGACAGAUGUGUGCACAUAACAGAUAUAGGUGUGGGCUAUAUUUCCACGAUGGGAUCAUUGAGCGCAUUGUUCUUGAGAUGGUGCAUACUACUUAGAGACUUUGGACUUCAGCAUUUGUGCGGCAUGAAAUCCUUACAAGUACUCUCCGUGGCAGGCUGUCCAUUGCUUACAAGUAGCGGAUUAUCCAGUUUGAUUCAACUUCGACAUUUGCACGAGUUAGAGCUAACCAAUUGUCCAGGAACGUCUCAGGAGUUGUUUGACUAUUUGCGUGAACAUCUACCACGCUGCCUAAUCAUCGAAUAAAUGAAGCUUCGUUGAAAGCAAAGCAACAAGCUCCAGCAUUUCAACUGCGUUUCAUCUAAAAAAAAACGUUUCUAUUUCUAUAGAACGAGACGGCAACAUAAAAAAAUGUUUCACGUAAAGCAAUACUUAGAAUGGACAAACCGACGAUACGAGGAGAUGAUGAUGUGGAUACAGAUAGAAAAGAAGCAAUUGACGUCCAAAUAUGAACAUUACCGCAUACCAUUGUUCUCUCUUAUAACGACAAGGAUAUAAAAAAAAUAAAAAAGAAACGGACACAUAGAAAGAAAAAAAGAAAAACACUAGCCCCUAAAAACAUGCAAACAUGUUAACACUAAGAUAGCGUGUAGAGAUUUUUAAUACACCAGAGCUCCUAUAUGAAUCGCACUCCUUUCUCGCCGAUGCUAGAACUUUUGAUCGAAUCAUACACGAUUCGAUUUAUUGUGUUGUUUUCUUUUUCUUCCUCUGUUUUUUCGUUGAAACAUGUUUGAGAAGAAAAUGCAAACAAAUGAGAAAAAAAAAACGCAAAAAAUUAUAUGGAAUUUUACAUGUCGCAGCUUAAUAAUAGAGAAAACAGAAAACUGGAAGCAGAGACAGUUUAAUUAUAGUAGGUUCUUGCUAAAAAAAAGAAAAUAAAUGGAAAAAAAAAGAUAAAAGAACGUAGAGAUUGUCCGAUGAGACGACACGACAGACUCAACAACAGUUAGAACUGUGAUAAAUUUUUAUUAUACGUAUAUUGUUCUACUCCAAUUACAUAUGUUUAGGAUAUUUAACCUGCUUCAACAUUUUGAAAACGCGCGUAACUGUCAACGUGCUAGAUGCGUUGCUUUUUUGAAAGAAACGAAUUACCACCUUAAUAAUUAUAAAGAAAAAAGUAACGAAAAGAGAAAAACAUUCCGGUCACGUCUAUUAACGAGAAUUUUUAUUUUAAAAUUACAAGGUCCUGAAAGUUCUUAGUUUGUUUGAUGAUGUGUUGCUAAAUAAACAAAUAAAAGAAAAAAAAAGAGAAAAAAAGCGUUAAAGAUCAUUGCACAUGUAUGUAUUGUCCUAGAGAAGGAAAAAAAAUUUUUAACUUAUAUUUUACCUAUGUAUAUUCUGCUGUCAUGUAAUUAAUGUUUCAUAUAUUUAAGGCUUAUAUUUAGCUAAGUUCUCGAAUGUUUUUUCAUUAAAUGUAAUGAUAUAUCGCAAUAUAGAAAAAAAGACGUAUUUUAUGUGUUUAAUACCAUUAAGUAUUUUGACGGUUAUUUAAAACAAAUCAGUGUCAGACACUAAUACUCCAAGUCAGCACGUGAGGUACUGAAAGAGAGUUCUACGCUGCCGUUGUAGCUUAAAGUGCAACGUUUUUUUAUGUUGAAAUUCAUAUUAUCAAAUAACCUCUGUGUGAUGUUUUAGCAUACCUCGAUUUCCAACCGAACUGAAAUUUUUUGCGUGUUACCACAUGUUUAGCACAUGUCUUUGUAUAUAUUGUAUAAAUAUACAAUUAAUAAUUCUGUUACCAAUCAAAACUAAAUAUAUAAAUAUAUAUCCGCACAGAAAUUCUAUCUGAGAUUGGGUCGCAUGCAACGCGAGUCAUGAAUAUAACUUAUAAGAGUGCUACAUAAUAAUACGAUGGAAUGUGCUGUGAAAUAAAAAUUUAUUGAUCUGAA